CUCAAUGGAAAAUUGUCUCAACUAUUUCACCACCCGCCCGAAAUAUUUUUACAUUGUGAAUGCAAAUGGCUGCAAGAAAAAAUUUACCCUAAGUGAAUAUUUAAUACGUUUUUAGUUGAACGUAACUUUUCCAAAAAGAAUACAAAGAUAUUCGAAAAUUUGCUGUAAUCAUCUACCUAAAUGCCCAGUGUCAAAGAUGAGUCUGACGGUGAUGGGGAAGAAAUGUCACACGACAGUAACGACAGUAAUCAAAGUUCUGCGUCCUGCGACAGCAGUGUCGAACACAGCGAUAGCGAUGAUUCAUCCGAAAUGGAUGAAGAUGAAUGCGAAAGACGAAGAACUGAGUGUAUGGAGAACCUAGUUGAUCUUGAACGACAGUUUACGCUGCUCAAAGAACAAUAUGCCCAUAGAUUGUACCGCGAGCGGAUUACCCAAGUUGACACAAAGCUUGGGGAGGUGAAGAUCGGAAAGUCCGAGGAGUAUCUUGUGCCGUUGGAACGGCUGAAGGAGAACAUGAAGACAAAAACCGAGGUAGCCGGUAUCUUGAAACAGUACAGAUUGCAGAAUAUCCACAACAAAUACCUCGCCGAAGAACAAGCAGCUCUACAAAAUUUUCAAAGUGAAAAGGAGCUUAUAUGGGACUAUUUCCACAGCGAGUUGCAAGAGAAGAUUCGUAGGUUAGAAGAGGAUAGAAAUAACGUGGACAUCCAUGCAGAUUUGUGGCUAAAUUCCAGCGGCAGAAGACGCAGGGGACACACGGAGCGAAGAAGAGCUGUGUCGGUAGCUGGGCCUUACAUCGUGUACAUGUUGAACGACGCAGACAUUCUGGAGGAUUGGGCAGUAAUAAAAAAAAGUUUAGGAAGUCGAAAGUCUGAAAUACUCUAGUGCUCUACGUUAUUUCAUCUAUCACUACCUGCUGAGUUAUCGGUGAUUAGAAAUGGUGGCCUUAGAAAUCAAAGAAGGGUUCGACUCUAGUGUGGCCACGUCAAGCCAGGUGAUUACUACUGACUCAAAAACUCUGCCAUAUCCUGAGGGAACACCCCGACGCCUUUUGAGUAACCAGGUGAAUGCAGCGCUUAAAGACAAAACAAAGGCUAGUUAACAAAAACUCACGUUGCUUCAUGUGUGCCUCGUGAACAAGCUAAUCGGUGCAAUUCGUGUAUUUUGUUAAUUGUGUGAAAAAUGUGCGAUAAAAGUUAAAAAAAAAAUAAUUAAAAAUAAAAAAAGAUUGAAAAAAAAACGAAGUAGAAGGAGAUCGAAAGUGAAAUCCUCUUUGCAUGGGACAUUUUUCGAUAAAAUGAGGUGUUAAAAUAUGGCUUUUCUUUUGUAAUGUAUAACAGUGACGAAUAAAAACAAGUCAACU